CAGUCGGCGGAUGAUCACUGAAGUUUCACGAACGGGAAAGCCCAGCGCUUUAAAACCAUGGCGUUCGAGUAGGGUCUCCAAUCAUAUCGCAGAUAAGUGUUGAGGGUGGUCGCCAUCUAGCCGGUCGUUUCACUUCCAGAAACAUUAACUGAUCGAAACAAAAGGAGAACCAGGAUAUUUUAUCUGACAAAGACCUAGGGCUGAGCGGAUUUUUAUCAAAAUCAUGUCGAGAUUGGAUUUAUUGGUGCUUUUCAUUUUUUCAUGUUUAAACUGCCUGCCGUCUUCCCUAUCGCAACACGCUGACAUCGGUGCCGAUAAAGCCGUCAAACCUCCCGCAAACGACACAUCAGAUUCAAAUUAUGAUUAUCCGAGUUCUGAAUAUUUCGAGGACGAUUCGAUCUUGAUACCUGGCGAUGCUAACACGUCCGGCAUUGUACCCGGAAACCUGCCGAACAACAUCGAAAAUAAUCCCUCAGUGGAUUGUGUCGAGGACGAAGUUGCCUCAGCGGAGGGCAAGAUCGCCGUGGACAAUAAUGAUGCCAUCGCCAUCUCUAACGGUGGUGGUGCAAAACUAGACAAAAAGAAUAUCACGAAGGUAUUGAAGAACAAGCGUCCCUGCAAGACAAGAAAUGGAGCCGAUUCUGAUAAACAAGCGGGCAACCGAAAUGACAGUGGUCAAAAUAAUGACACGUUACAAAACGACUCGAAGAACAACAGUCCUGGUGGGAUAAAUACGACAGGAAAAAUAGUAUUGGCUUCUAUUAUAAUUCUUGUUCUCGUGACAAUUGUCGCCGUUGUUGUGGCAUGGUACAGAUGUAAGAUGACUAAAAAAGUGGCCGGUGAUGUUGAAAGUGGCAAUUGCACGGGGGAUAUAUCAGCAACAAGUCAAUCUCCGGAUGAGAGCUCAGCGCAAUUGCUUUCGAAGGAGAUUACUGAGAAUGCUAAGAAUGAUGAGGCGGCGAAGAUUGCUGGGCCUGAAAGACAGUUUAGCACCGAAUCUGACGAGUUUUUCGAAUCGUCUGGACCUCAGAGUUUAUUUAGCACCGUUUCUUUCAAGUCCGCUGCUGGACCCCAAAGACAAUUUAGCAACGAAUCUGACGAGUAUUACGAACCGUCUGGACCUCAGAGUUUAUUUAGCACCGUAUCUUUCAAGUCCACUGCUGGACCACAACGACAAUUUAGCAACACAUCUUACAUGACUGCUUGCGAAGCAUCUGGCCCACAAAGCAUAUUAAGCAACUAUUCUUUCAAGUCUACGUUCGAAAUGAUUCCACUAGAUAGUGGUUCACUUGAAAGUUCGAAUGACAAGGACGCUUGUGAAAACGAGGAAACAGGCGAAAAGGAAAACUUUACGUUAAGGAUAGAUGGUGAUGCAGUCAGUGAAAAGUGGGAAAAACGUGUAUCAGCGCCUCCUGUUGAGGAGGCGACAAACUCAGAAAAAACAGGAUUUUUAGGUGUCUUUAAAAAGGUAUUUCACUUGAAGUAAUGUCACGACUAUUUCAGAGUGUCCUCAGUCAUAUCGUUUCCGUCCUAAAAGUAGAAUCUGGACUUGUUGUAGAAUUUUGAAAUGUACCAGGACAGAAUGUCUAUGGAACAAAAGGUUCUAUCAGGGCUUUCUGAGCUAUUGGCGGUCAUGGCUAUAGAACCAUAUACCAUAAUCCGUCAGCAUACAAUAGAACCAGACACUUUUUCCAGGGUGACAUUUUCUACUUCUACACCCGCUGUUCAAACCAAGGUGGGUCAGUAGCUUGGCGUUAGCUGUAACUCGGCAUUAAAUACAAAUUCUAACAGGCUUUACUGAAGAAGAUGACUAUAAUGAAUAUUCACACUUGGAUAUGAAAUGUCUAUCAAAUAUCUUGAAUGUGAUAGCACCUAUAGUUAAAGUUAACCCAAAGUUUGUGACUUCAAGGUUGACCAAAAGCAUCACCAUUUUGGCUAGAAUUGGAAAUCUGCGAGUCAUCAGAACUCUUUCACAACACACUUCAUGUCAGUUUGAACGAUGGAAGCAAAAAUGGUGGUGCCUAUAUGGUCAACUCUUAAGUGGUUUUUAACAAGCGGGUCCUUGCAAGUAUUUUAAAAGUACAAAAUUUAAGGUAUAUGUAUUGCAUUUCCUCUAGUAUGUCUGAGAGGUGCUUGUCUGUAGUUCAGAUGACAAUCAAAAAAAACUUAUACUGGAUGUGUCAAUGUGUACGCUUUUGAUACCUCAUAGCGCCAACGUUAAGGGUUGACCAUUAGGCACCCUUGACCAUAGGCACCCUUCCCUUCCCUUUGAAGGAGUUCUGAUUGCUAUAUGAUUUCAAGUUCUAGUCUAAGAUGGUCUAUGGUCAACCCUUAAAGGCACAAUUUAUGUUGAACUUUAUUUAACGAAGUCGAUAACGCCAAGAUGCUUUACUCCAAUUAUAAUCCUUAUAAUUAGAUUGGAGGGCAUUUUUGCAUCAUCCACCUGUGUAUUUAAUUGCUCAUGGUUGUCGCGGCGGAUCCAGUGAGAGGAUUUCUUUAAAGUUUAGUUUUAUUAAUCUCGGGUUCGAAACCGAACACAUUUUUUAAAAUUUUACUAACCAUGGCAACAAAAGAUUUUUUUGUAUCUAUGUGUGCAUAUUGACGUAGUGCAUUGGAUAUAGACAUUUUCAGAUUUGUACAAAGCCCCCCCCCCCCCGAACAAUCUUAUUCUUUGUGAACAAUGGAUAAGUGUUGGCGGGUGCAUUUGGGUUUCGGGGCUUUGCCAACAUAAUCUUCAGGAACGAGGCAUGAGCCACGACAUCUACCGGCAUAUUAACCAGAAUAGCUGCUGUUUCUCUUACCAGUUUUGCAUUUUAACUCAUGAAUAACUGUACAUAAAUACAAUAUAAAAUGUACAUAGGCUGUACGUCUAUGAACGCAAUUAUAUUGAUGAUGUUUGUAGCGUACAAAAAAAUGUAUAAAGCUUUGCUCCACGACAUCUAUCUAUUGUUCAGGUAAACUCACACAAUAGAUAAACGUCGUCGUAGGGCCUGAACGGGUGGUUGCGAAACCUCACUAUUACAGUCGUACGGCUGAAAUACGUGUAUUUCACAUUUAUUAAAAUUUGUAUGAUCGAUCGCAGCGGAUAAAAUGUGCUGGACCAUCUUUAAAACUCUCUCAAAACAAAGUGAACGCCAAUUACAAGGGUGGUAGUCAGUUCGUUGUUUUCCUGAGAACAGCCUCCCAUGUUUUAAAUGGACAUUCUCUUCAUUUUAAAAGAGUUCUAAAGUCUAAUUGCUUCAGGAUUUCAAGUCCAAAAUGAUGGUGCCUAUGGUCAGCCCUUUAUCGGUCUGUCACCGGUUUUAUAUGUUGGUGGAUUUCUGAUAAUGACAAUACAUGUACUUGAUGAUGGUACUCUUUGAUGGCAUUGUCAUAUUAUUACGCACAUGUAUGUACAUAGUGUAAAUGUUAUAAUGCGUCAGUAUAUUGCUCUGUGCCUAUUGAGAUUUAUUC